AUGGAUAUUGUCUUUAUUUCGGACGAUGAAAAUCAAGCUGAAUUUGAUAAAUAUUUCAAAGAAAUGCCAUGGAAAGCAAUACCUUUCUCGGAACGUGAACGUUCACUAAAAUUAGGUGAGAUAUUCAAAGUCGAAAGUAUUCCAUCUCUCAUUGUUCUGUCUCCAUCAUCUGACACUCUUACUUCGCACGGUGUUGAAGAAGUUGAGUCACUAGGCAUAGAAGCAUUGCACUUAUGGUCUCAAGGCAAAUCUCCUUUCUGGAUGCGUACACCUAAUGAAGGCGAACCUGUCUGGAAUAAUAUCGUCUGCACUCAAUGUCAUAUGCGUCCAUUAGUCGGUCGACGUUAUGGUUGUUCUCAUCAAGAGUGUAAUAUUAAUCUGUGUGAAGCAUGCAUGUCGAAGAAUACUCAUAAACAUCCUCUCGUUGAAUAUCUCUUUCCCGAACAUCGUUAUACUUUGAAACAAUUAUUUGCAUCAGUACCAUAUUUACUUGCUCCCAAUAAUGAAGGUCAACUUGAAACAAAUUCAUUGUGGAAAAAUGGUGUCAAAAGUAUUGGACUAUAUUUUUCUGCACACUGGUGUCCACCUUGCCGUGAAUUUACACCUCAACUGGCUAAGUUCUACAAAGAAGCUCAAGAUAGUGGUCAUCCAUUUUCAUUAGUCUUUCUUUCAAGUGAUCGAGAUAUAACUUCGUUUGAUGAAUAUCGUGCUGAAAUGCCCUGGCCUGCCGUUCCUUUCAACUCAUUAGCUGUACUCGAGGAUUACUUUCAAUGUCUAGGCAUUCCAUCACUCAUAGUUAUCUCGACUGAUGGAAAUAUUUUGACACGUCACGGUUGCGAUCAAGUAUCACGUAAAGGAGUUGAAGCUUUGAAGACUUGGGUUAAGGGUGAAAAACUACCUCGUCCGCCGGCAGACGAGUUCGAAUGGUCACACAUAUCAUGUGAUAAAUGUCACAUGACAUCAAUCAUUGGUCAACGGUAUCAUUGUUCAACAUGCAGUAACUAUGAUCUUUGUUCGGCUUGUGAAAAGAAAGGUCAUGAACAUCCACUUCAACUGAUUCCACAACCAAACGAUGAUGAUGACAAUGAACAUUCAUAA